AUGUCCACGUCCGGGCUCAUGUCUGCCAUGCGCGCCGCCGGCCGCCAGCACAUCACGGUUUCCACCCUCCGCACGGCGCCGGCAGCCGGCUCUCACGUCUUCCGGAUCGAGGAGUUCACACGAGUCAGGGAAAAGACGGCGAAUGGCGCCGCCGUCUUGUCAAGCCCUUUUGCCGUCGGCGGCCACGACUGGCGUAUCAGGUGCUUCCCCAACGGCAGACUCAAAGAUUCGGAGGGCCAUAUCUCUCUCCACCUCCAGCACGGCAGCCACGCCAAGACCGGCGACGUCACGGCGACGUACAAGAUGAGCAUACUCGACAAAUCCUGGGAGCCGUCGUGCACCCAAAUAAUGGAGAAUCACCGCUUCGAGACAGACGAUGGUUACUGGGGCUGGAGGAAGUUCAUGAAACACACAGAUCUUGACAGGGACAAGUACCUCAAGGACGACUGCCUGUCGGUCCUCUGCGACGUCACGGUCGACCUCGGGCUGCGCACCACCGAUGAGGUUGCGGCGGCCGCGGAGGAACUCAAUUCGGAACCGGCGCCGUCCGAGCCUCAUCAUGACUUGCAUCUGGCGGAAGCAGCGGACGUAAUGAUCCACCUUGGCGACGGGCAGAGGAUCGGAGCGCACCGGUGGGUGCUAGAGGCCCGAUCCCUGGUAUUUAAAUCCGAAAUCGCGCUCGCCCCGACAACCGACGAGAACAUUGCUGAACUACGCGUCGACGGUAUGGACGCCGACGUGUGCAAGGCGCUGCUCAGGUUCAUCUACACCGACUCACCGCCGGCGCAGCUCGAGGCCGCGCCCGCAACGACCGUGGAGCAGCUGCUCAUGGCGGCGGACAGGUACGAACUGAAGAAGUUGAGGGCCGCCUGCGAGGAGGCGCUGUGCAAGAAGAUCGACGUGAGCUCCGUGGCCACCGCCCUGGCGCUGGAUGAGCGGUACUGCUGCCCGACGCUGAGGAAGGCGUGCAUGAGGUUCCUCUCUUCUCCUGAUAACCUAGAAGCUGUGGCGGCGUCAUCUGAUGGUUUGGAGCAGCUCAAGACACUCCGCCCCUCUGUCCUGCUGGAUCUAUUCGACAAGAACAUGCCGUUGAGUGAGCAGCAACGGAUGCUCCGGACAAUCAGACUCGUGUGGGAUCAGUCUGAUAAAGGGUGGUGAAGGGUUUAGAAGGCCCACAUUCCAUUUUCUUUCAUCAUAUAUUAUCUCUGUAGGAAAAGGGAAAUAUCAUGGCCACGGGAGGCACAUGUGCGAUUGAAGUACUAGCGUAGCGUCUAGCGUCUCGUCUCCCUUCUUAUGAUUUCAUGGUCUUUCGUUCUACUCUUUUCCCAUUACUCUAGUUCCUUGUAUUUGUGAUUUGAUCUGUUUGCUGCGCUUU